ACCCAAUUAUUAUCAUAUAAAAUUAUAUUAACUACCAAAUGGAUUAGGGUUGCAUGGAGCAACAAAUCACGAAAUUAACGAACAACAACAUCGGAUAGGAACUCGAUUAAUUAGGGUUAACGGAUAAUCAAGAUACAAUCUUAUCAUUAAUCCAAGAUCCUAUCAAGAAUCAUUCAAAAUCAGAAGAAUUAUCUGAUUGGUUCAAACCGAUCAUCACAUUUACGUCCGUAAUAACUUCCCCUAAUUAUAGGAUUAUCACUAAUCCUCAUCCUCAAAAACUCUGUUAAAACCAUCACAAAACUUCAUUAAACACAGAUUAAGAACUCAAUAAAAAAAUUAAUAAUAAAAUAAAAAACCCUAGAGAAAAAAAAAAAUACCCAGUUUCAGUUUUCAGUGCAAAAAUCACAAUGGCGCCAAAAGUUGAUGGAAUCGAAGAAGAAGAAAUAUCAAGAAUGGAAUCAGGUGGUGUCACAAAUUCAAAUUCAAAUUCAAAUUCCCAAUCCAAUGCCAAACAAGGCUUUUGCUUCUCCCCUAUAGUUGUAACCACUGCACAAAAGGUGGUAGCUGAAAUAAUCGGAACAUAUUUUGUGAUAUUCGCGGGUUGUGGCUCGGUUGUUGUCAAUAAGUUAUACGGUGAGACGGUCACAUUUCCCGGGAUAUGUGUCACAUGGGGACUAAUCGUCAUGGUUAUGAUCUACACUGUCGGCCAUGUUUCCGGGGCCCAUUUCAACCCCGCUGUCACAAUCACAUCCGCCCUAUUUCGCCGAUUUCCUUGGAAAGAGGUCCCAUUGUACAUAAUAGCUCAAUUAAUGGGAUCAAUUCUUGCAAGCGGCACUCUAUCUCUAAUGUUCGACGUCACUGAAAAAGCGUACUUCGGCACACUUCCGGUUGGAUCAAAUGGACAAUCUCUAGCCAUAGAGAUCAUCAUCUCUUUCCUCUUGAUGUUCGUCGUCUCGGGAGUUGGCACAGAUAGUCGCGCGAUUGGGGAGUUUGGAGGAAUCGCAGUUGGAAUGACCAUAAUGCUAAAUGUCUUCGUAGCCGGCCCGAUUUCUGGAGCGUCGAUGAACCCGGCGAGGAGCAUUGGGCCAGCUAUAGUGAAACAUGAAUACAGAGGGCUGUGGGUUUAUGUAGUUGGCCCAAUUAUUGGAACAAUUAGUGGUGCAUUUGCUUAUAAUCUAAUUAGAUUCACUAAUAAGCCAAUUAGUGAGUUAACUAAAAAUGGUUCAUUCCUUAGAAAUAAAUCGAAUGAUGAUUCGAGUUAGAUAGUAGAUACAACUGUUUAUAUGUAUUGUUUUGAGAGUUUUGUACAUUAGGUUUGGAAAAUUAAGUUAAUAUUUUAUUUUUGUUAUUUAAGUUGAUCUGAAUUUUUAUGAUUCUUGCAUGUUUAAACUGAGUUAAC